AUGAACGACUCGACGUUGGUCGCUGUGAUUGGGGCUGCGGGCGUCGGGAAGACAUGUCUGCUGGAUUUCUUAGAGGGGCGGUCUUUCUCUGCGAACACCGAGCAGGAUCACGAAAUCCGACAACGGGUCAUUUAUUUUACUGCCAAGAAUCAAAACCAGCCCUUUCGUUUCUGGGACAUUUGCGGAGAACUAUCUCCGCUAGAACGUUCGCGCCAAUACUUGAUGCACAGUCAAAUUAUAUUGCUCUGCUACAGCAUCAAUUCAUUUGCAUCCUAUGAGUACAUCACCAACUUGUGGGUCGACAUUCGAAAGUGUUGUAUUAACAAUCCAAACAUGGUGUUUUUCCUACUAGGACUCAAGAAGGACAUGGAGGAUGAGCGAGAGGUGUCGAUUCCCGAAGCUCGUCGUUUCGCCACAAUCAACAACAUGCAGUUCACAGAGUUGUCUCUCGUUGUGGGGCGAGACAGCACCAUGUUUAAAGAGCAGUUAGCCACGAUUCUGACUCUAACGCGAUCCAUUCGACUGAACCUGCUGAUCCAGGCUUGUUCCCAGCAUCUCUACAGACGGAUUCUAAAGGAGGAAUCAGGAAAUCCGGAGGCGUUGAAGAAGUUGCAGGAGCAGUUGAGGCAGAAUCCGUAUGAAGCUAAAUACUAUAAACUGACAAAAAGGGAGCUGGAGGAUGAAUCUAUAAUUCAUUGGGUUCAUGUUUUCGAAAAACACAAAAUUGGUGGUUUGCCUGUCUGGCAAACUGAAGAGCCGGAGGGAUAUCCGUUCCACUGUUCUGUGUGUGGAAAGGAAAUGUGUUUGUUAAUGCAGGUUUAUGAGCCGACUUCUGCUCUGGAUCGUGUUCUCUAUGUGUUUUGUUGUAAAUCGUCGAGUUGCCAGCUUUCUCCGCAAGGGUAG